UCUAUCACACUGGCCGAGAUUGCCAUUGGAGGUGCCUCACUCUGGGCAGGAAUUCUACUCCAGCAGGAACCAGAACUGUCUGACCACAGCUGCUCUGGCCUGCAGUGGGCCAUUUAGUUCCAAGAAGAUGGGAUGCUGAGGGCAUUCAGUUUCCCCCAGCUCAUGGCCAUGUCCGAUCUGUCCAUGUUGCCUUCAAGUCCUGCUUCCUGUACAUCUCCCAACCCUGACAAGAAGGUCCACUGGGAUUCUGAGAAGAGAAGGAGGACAUCAUCCACAGACUCGGAAUCAAAGAGUCACUUGGACAUUUCUAAGUUGCCCAGGUCCCGGAGACCCAGCCGGCUGACGGUGAAGUAUGACCGAGGUCAUCUGCAGCGCUGGCUGGAGAUGGAGCAGUGGGUAGAUGCUCAAGUUCAGGAACUUUUCCAGGGUCAAGAAGCUCCUGAGCCCGAGAUUGAUCUGGAAGCUCUCAUGGAACUAUCCACAGAGGAGCAGAGGACUCAAUUGGAGGCCAUUCUCCAAGACUGCCCCUGCGACAGAGAGCCGUUCAUCUCUGAGCUGCUCAGUCAACUCAAGAAGCUUCGGAGACUCAGCAGGCCUUCAAAAUAACACUGGAGAGACCAUCUUCUGUAGCCUUAGCCCUGUCCUGGAUACUGGCUGAAAGGUCUCCAAUAUAGACAAGGGAUGCCGAAGAGACACUUGUACAGCCCAAGUGUGUUGCAGCUACAGCUGGGCUCUCUCUGCUGGGCUCUCUGCAAGUCAGUUGUGGCUGUUACUUCCCUUGGCAGCCAGGAUAAAAACUUUAGGAGGAAACCAA